UGCUGAAUGUUCUUUUGCUGUUGGUUACAGUAGCUGAAUUCAGUGAUUCUCAAACACAUAAUUCAGGUUUUCCUCAAGUUCUUCCAAACAGGCAGCAGUUCUUUCAAUCAGAGGCUGUCACUAUCAGCUGUGAACGGCUAAAUGGGCUGACUGGAUGGAGAGUGAUUAAAAAGAUAAAUGGAGAUGUUAGACCAUGUGCUUCAAACUGGGAAACAUCGAUUGGACCUUGCAAAAUUAGUAAUGCAUAUCCAUCAGCUGACAGUGGAGAAUACUGGUGUGAACAUGGAGGAAUACAAAAAAGCAACUCUGUCAAUGUCACUGUAACUGAUUUAGAGAGUCGUGUGAUCCUGGAGAUUCCUCCCCAACCUGUAACGCAGGGAGAAAACGUGACCUUACAUUGUAGAAAAAAGGAUGCAAACUCCAACUACACUGCGAAAUUCUAUAAAAAUGGCAUCUCCACUGGGAGCAGCUCAUCAGGAAACAUAAUGAUUCCCACUGUAUCCAAAUCUGAUGAAGGACUUUACAAAUGUAGCAUUGCUGAUGCUGGAGAAUCACCAGAGAGCUGGCUAACUGUUGGAAGUCAUCCUACAGUGCCUUACUUAGAGAUCUACCUGGUGCUCUGCAUUGGUUUGGGUGUUUUAUUGGUGGUCAUUCUGCUAAUAUUGGUAGGAGUGUUUCAACGUAAUAAACAUCAACAAACCAUCAGUAAUCACACAGAAGAAACUUCUUUGACACCAGGUGCUCAAAAUUCUACUGCCUCCUUCCGGUCUCCCUCUUCUGCACAAACAGGUCAGGAAGGCCAACAUUUGUUUAGGAAUAAAAAACAUGAACUUCAAAUCUACAGGAUCAUGGAAAUUAGAAACACAGUCCUUUAGUAAACCAUAUACCCUAGGACAUGCACCUGCCAUUGUAUUGUUUGGUCUGUGA